GUAGAAUCUUUAGUAUCUCUGGAUAAGCGGAGAAGAGUUUUGCGUUUCAUAGCGAAGUUUUCCAUAAACCAAUGGAAGAGGGGAGUAUCUGAUUUCCUCCAUUGUUUAGUGGAAUAUUGUGAAUCUUUAUCUUGUUGUGACGAUGUUGCUGUUCGUCAGAAUAUCUGCACAUUGGUAGGAUUUUUGCUCAAAGAGCAGGAUGGCGGCAGUGCCACUGAAGAAAGCGUAAUGUCAAUUGAUAUCAAGCGGAAGUUGUAUUCGAUUUUACUUGAACGUCAACUCGAUAAGGUGACUGCUGUACGCUCCGAAGUCAUCCUGUCAGUUGCAGACAUUCAAGAUGAUGAAAUUCCCAACGAUUUCGUUGAGGCCCUUGAACGAAGUCCUAAAGAUGGUGGGUUUCCAUAA